CUGGUGGCGAUUCUGAGCCGUGGUUUGACCCAGGUGUCAACCGCUGCUGUAGUUCAUCUGAGGACCUAGGAGAAGACAUGUUCAAGUCCCACUGCCCAGCACCAAACUCGACACUGCAGCGCUUCACGAGAUGUCAGACAGAUCCUUUCUGGCCUCUGGGAACAGGCAUAGCUCGUGGCUUCCUGGCUGCUUUUGACACCGCUUGGAUGGUGAGAAGCUGGGGAAUGAGAGUCCCACACCUCAAGGUCCUGGCUGAGCGAGAAAGCGUUUACCAGCUCCUGUCGCAGACCACGCCGGAAAACACCAGCAAAAACUACGCUGGGUACAGCAUCAACCCCAAAACACGUUACCAGAGGAUCAACCUCUCCUCCAUCCACGCCGGCCAGGUGCAGCACCUUUACGAUGUGGAUAAAUCCCAACCAUCGAGCAAGAAGCAGAUGGACAAGUCUUCUUUCAUGCGUCACGAUUCAAUCCACGGUUUUGAGGAGUUGUUGAAAUGGUGCCAGACUCACACGGCCGGUUAUGAGCACGUGAAGGUGAAAGAUUUCACUCAGUCCUGGAGGUCCGGCCUGGCUCUGUGCGCUCUCAUCCAUCACUUCAGACCCGAGCUCAUUGACAUGAGCUCCCUGGAUGAGUCCAGAGCUGCUCACAACAACCAGCUGGCCUGCAGCGUCCUGGAGAGGGAGCUGGGCGUCCCUCCCGUCAUGUCUGCCAGCGACUUGGCCAACAGCAGUCAGAUAGACAAGUUAUCCAUGGUGCUCUACCUCACCCAGGUGAAGAACGCCUUCACCGUGCCAGCGAAGGAUAAAACUCUGGACCCCGCACGCUUCCUGCCGUCUUCCAAAUCUCUGAGUCUCUCCCGGACGCAGUCGGCCGUCUUUUUCCUGAGCAAGCUGAAGCACAACUCUCUGCAAAGACGCAAGGAGAAGCUGGCAGCAGACAAACCAACAAGAGAGAGCAACAGAAGGAUGGGAGAUGAGGACAGUACGUUGGUGCCUGCCGUGUCCCCUGAGCUCAGUCCCACGCCUGCUCCCGCUCCUGCUCCCGAGCCUGGUGCCGGUGUGUCGAUGACGAACAGUGACGAGUGUUACUUCUGUGGUCAAAGGGUUUACGUGCUGGAGCGCAUCAGUGCCGAGGGCAAGUUCUUCCACCGGAGCUGCUUCACCUGCCACCAGUGCAGCAUCACCCUCCGACUGGGGGGGUACACCUUCGACCAGGCUACAGGGAGGUUUUACUGUGAGCUGCACGCUGAAGAUCUGGAGCUGGUGAACGGGGCUGAACCAUCUUGUAAGGACAGCAAAGGAGUGGACAAGGGGACAAACGAUGAGAACGGUCUUUCCAGCGAUGAUUACACGCUGUCUCCAUCGGACGAGGAGUAUGAGCACACGUUGGACUGUGUCCCCUCUUCACGUGCAGCGUCGCACAUCUGUGAUGGGCAGGAGCAGCACAAACAUGAAUCCAAAGAAGAGUCCGGAGAAACUCCCACGGAUCCUCCAUCUAAAGCCCAGGUAGCAGCUCCCGCCGAGGAGGAGUCAGAGGAGCGUCCGCCCGCUGCGCCCUGCCCCGUCCCCAAGCCCCGCCUCUCUCAGCAGACCACCCCGCAGCCCUCCCCUCCAAUAGCGAAGCCUCGCACAGUCCACCUUUUAAACCCCUCAACUCCACAGAAUCCCCCGUCUGCGCCCCCUGUGAAGGAGACCUCUAAGGCCGCACCCGACUUCCGACCGAAACAAUCGCUGCGGAAGCUGCAGCUCACCGACGAGGAGAAAAGCCUGCUGGUGAAUCUUCAAAGUUUUAGCGCAGACUCAGACUCUGAGACCCCCGGAGGAUCCUCCUCCUGCUCCUCUUCCUCAGCGACGGCAGGAGGUCCGAGCCCUCCCAAACCAGGGGGCCUGGACGGGCAGGAAGAGGAGGGCUACUGGAGCAGCAGCACCACCGGCCACAUGCGGGAGAAGAGGAAUCGCCGCUGCUUCAAGAGGAAAGAGAUGCCGGGAAGCGGCCAGAACAGAGUACGAUCAAAGUUUUCCCCCUGGAAUCUCUCUUCCCCGAGGAUCAGCAGAGACACCCGGCUCAGUGUCCUCGUUAAUCAUCCAGGGAGAGCGGAAACAACAUUCAGACACGUGCACAGCACCUCAGAGGAGGGAGCCGAUGGAGAUGACGAUGACGAGGACGAGGACGACAUGUUUGAACGAGACGACAUCGACCUGUAUGAUGAGAAGACUCUGCCGUCGGACCCCGUCGAGGCCGAGAAGCUGGAGUUGAGGAAGAUGAGGACGCUGGAUCGACGAGCCAAGAUGAGCGAAUUGCAGCGAUUGCGCAACGCACAGUCCAUCCAGAGGAGACUGGAGGAGAUCGAGGUGACCUUCAAGGAUCUGGAGGAUAAAGGUGUCGUGCUGGAGAGGACUCUGAGAGGCGAGGCUGGCAGCAGCGGCUCUCCCGACAUGAUCGAGCAUUGGAUCCAACUCGUGCACGAGAAGAACGCGCUGGUGUCUGAGGAGUCUGACCUCAUGGUGGCGUCUCGACAGCUGGAGCUGGAGGACAAGCAGAGCAUGUUGGAGUUGGAGCUCAGGAAGUUCAUGGAGCUGAAUGACAAGACGCCGGAGCUGGAGGCGGAGGAGGAGCGAGUCCUGCAGCAGAUGAUCGAGGUGGUGGACAUGAGGGACUCUCUGGUGUCGUUUCUGGAAGAGAAGAGGCUGAAGGAGAUGAGCGAGGAGCAGGAGGCCUUCUCCAUUAUGGAGGCCAGGCGGCACUCGAAGGCAGGAGCUCAGGUUCACUGGGCAUAGGACUUCCACAUGCACACGCACACACUCAUAUACACACACACACACACACACACAAACACACACGUGCACAUGCAGCAUGGACCUGUGUGUACGCGGAAGUAGACGCACUCUUAUCUGCUGACUUUAAACCUGAGAUUAAACUUUUGCAAAGCCAAAGAUGCUGCAGAAUCGUUAGCGGACAGUAACCGACCACAGGCGCUUCCAUGGCGAUGAGGAUAAAAUCUUCAGGCCUCACAGGGACGAAGGCUGAAUGAGAACACUCCGGCCCCUAGAGGGAGACAUAACCCUGGAGAUCUGAGAAAGUCCACACGCAGCUCUGCAGCUCAGCCCCCCCACCCCCCACCCCCCGCCGCCAGCUUUGACGGCAGAGUCACAGCAACACAACACGUAGGGAGAAGGAUGUUUAGUUUCUGCUGCACUGGUGAACAAACCUCCACGCAGCAGGUAAUCGUUACCAAGCCGCGGGCCUGGCCUGGUUUAGGUGUCGCAGACAUGUGACUCGAGCAGCGUAGAAUUACAUCGGUGGAGAAACCUGCGGUGCCUGAGAGCCUGAUCUGUAAAACACAGGGUUACUGGGGUUUUUAAAACAAUGUGAUGUUCCUGUACUGUUGUAAACACAGAUAUAAUAUACAGUACAUAUCAUACUUCUAUUAUUAUUUGGUAUAUUGAAUAGAAAUAUGAUUAAGGUUAAAAAAAAAAAAAAAA